GCGGCGGGUCGCAUUGGGGUUGCCUCCGGUGGACGGUCGCGACGCCGGGCGGGGAGGCCGCGCCUGCCAGGGUCGUCGGGGGCCCGCGGAGAGCUGGGGCCAGGGCGGCGGCGGCCUGGGACGCAGGCGGAACCCCGCUCCGGCCCGAGGUCCCGGCUAUGGCUGCGGCUACCAUCGUGCACGACACGUCCGAGGCGGUGGAGCUGUGCCCUCCCUACGGCCUGUACCUGAAGCCCAUCACGAAAAUGACCAUCAGCGUGGCGCUCCCGCAGCUGAAGCAGCCGGGCAAGUCCAUCUCCAACUGGGAGGUGAUGGAGCGCCUGAAGGGCAUGGUGCGCGACCACCAGUUCUCCGCGCUGCGCAUCUCCAAGAGCACCAUGGACUUUAUCCGCUUCGAGGGCGAGGUGGAGAACAAGAGCCUGGUCAGGGCCUUCCUGGCCUGCCUGGACGGCAAGACCAUCAAGCUCAGCGGCUUCUCCGACAUCCUCAAGGUGCGCGCCGCCGAGUUCAAGAUCGACUUCCCCACCCGCCACGACUGGGACUCCUUCUUCCGGGACGCCAAGGACAUGAACGAGACGCUGCCGGGCGAGCGGCCCGACACCAUCCACCUGGAGGGGCUGCCCUGCAAGUGGUUCGCCCUGAAGGAGUCGGGCUCCGAGAAGCCCAGCGAGGAGGUGCUGGUCCGGGUGUUUGAGCGCUUCGGGGAGAUCCGCAACGUGGACAUCCCCAUGCUGGACCCCUACCGCGAGGAGAUGACGGGCCGCAACUUCCACACCUUCAGCUUCGGGGGCCACCUGAACUUCGAGGCCUACGUGCAGUACCGCGAGUACGCGGGCUUCAUCCAGGCCAUGAGCGCCCUGCGCGGCAUGAAGCUCAUGUACAAGGGCGAGGACGGCAAGGCCGUGGCCUGCAACAUCAAGGUUUCUUUCGAUUCGACCAAACACUUGAGCGACGCCUCCAUCAGGAAACGGCAGCUCGAGCGGCAGAAGCUUCAGGAGCUGGAGCAGCAGCGGGAGGAGCAGAAGCGCCGGGAGAAGGAGGCGGAGGAGAGGCAGAGGGCCGAGGAGAGGAAGCAGAAGGAGCUGGAGGAGCAGGAGCGCGAGAGGCGGCGGGAGGAGAAGCUGCGCAGGCGCGCGCAGAGGCAGCGGGAGCGCGAGCUGCGGCGCGGCCAGCGGAAGCUGGAGAGGCUGCAGGCGGAGGAGCAGCGGAAGCUGCAGGAGAAGAUCCGGCUGGAGGAGCGCAAGCUGCUGCUGGCGCAGCGCAACCUGCAGUCCAUCCGGCUCAUCGCCGAGCUGCUGAGCCGCGCCAAGGCCGUGAAGCUGCGGCAGCAGGAGCAGCGGGAGGAGACGCUGCGGCUGCAGCAGCAGGAGGAGCGUCGGCGGCUGCAGGAGGCGGAGCUGCGGCGAGUGGAGGAGGAGAAGGAGCGCGCGCUGGGCCUGCAGCGCCGGGAGCGCGAGCUGCGCGAGCGUCUGCUCAGCAUCCUGCUCAGCAAGAAGGCGGACGGCGCCCGCGCGCCCGCGGGUCUGGGCGCCGCGCACGCGCACCUGCUGCAGCCGGUGCUGGACAUCCUGCACACCGUGUCGGCCGGCUGCUCGGGCGCCGCCCCGCCCACGCCCACGCCCGGCGCCCAGCGCGAGGACCCGCCCCGGCCGCCGGCCGUGGGUCCCGCCCAGAACAUGAACGGCGGUGCCGCGGACGAGGCCCCGAGCAAGGAGGGGCAGGAUCCUCGCCGUGUCGCCCCCGACGACGGCCCUUCCGAGAAGAGGUGCCCCGGCGUCCUCGCCUGCAUCCCCGACAACAACCAGCAGCCCAAGGCCGCGCCCGCCGCCUGCGAGCAGAGCGCGCCCAGGAAGGACGCGCGCUCCGAGCAAGACAAGUGCAACCGUGAGCCCAGCGGGGGCCGCGGCCGGGCCAGCGGGGACCGGGGCAGCGAUGACGGGCCCAAGCGGGAGCGCAGCCGGCCGCGGCGGGCGGGCAGCCGGGAGGACGUGAGGCUGCCCAAGGAGCGGAGGUCGCACAGGAAGCGCUCGCACCAGGACGGGAGCCCCCGCCGGCGCAGCGCCAGCCCCGAGCGCGAGCGCGAGCGCGAGCACGAGCGGUCGCGGAGGUCCCACAGCAGAGACCGGCAUGGCCGGCGGGAGAGGAGCCGGGACCGGGACCGCAGGGGCAGCUCGGGCAGGAAGCGCAGCCGCCACCGACGCAGCGAGAGGUCGCGCUCGGGCUCCCCCAGCCGGCACCGCAGCACCUGGAACAGCUUUAACGUCAGCAGUCCUCUCUGAAUCAGGAGGAACACGUAGGCCGCCAGCCGUGAGAAUUGCAGACCACCCCACCCUGGGCACACAGGCUGGCAGCGCCGAAUCCCUGCACCUGCUCGGAGACGCCUCUCAUAGUCACUUCACGGGAGCUGCCUGUCGCGUCACGGGGAUGGACUGUCCGGUGUGGCGGCCACAGCCCCAUGGGGUGUGGAAAAGAGGAAGCCUCGCCCUGCGGGUGUUUUUUUGUUUUUUGGUUUCUUCCCUCUUUUGUAAGUUUAACAGACUGGGAACAAAGUUUGGGUGGGAUGCCAAAGGAAAAUGGCUCUGGUGCAUUUAAGUCAUCGGCGGGGAAGCUGUAUGUUCUGCAACGCGGAAACUCAGACGUGCCGUCUUUUUAGGUGUGGGCAGGUGCGGAAGUGGUACGGAGGGUCCCAGAAGCUCACUUUUCUACAAAUUCAAGUAAUUCAGCGUAAAAAAAAAAAGGUUGAUUAAAAUUAGUUUUGGUUCCUAGUCAAGGUUAGCCUGUGUGGUUUUUUUAAGAAACCGUUUUGCUAAAUUAUUUUUACUUGGAGCGUUUCAGAUUUAAUGCUGCAAACAUGUUAAAUUUUAUAAUCGUUGGCUUCUCUGAGUGAAGCUCAGAAAUACUUAAAAAUAGCUGUUAUCGUCCGCCUUAGGAGAGAUGGUGUUUAUUCCAGUUUGCAUUUUUAUGGUGAAAUAAAAUCCUUUUCCAAUGAA